UGAUGGGGCCGGUGGUGCUCUGCCUCGGGGUCCUGCUCCUGGGCGCCGUCUCAGCUCUGGACUCCAAACCCUGGACCGAACCGCCGACGUUUGCAGAUAUUUACCACGUCUCAGGAAUGUUCUCAUUGCCGUAUGCUGAGAUUAAAGAACCCUUUGAAGCUUGGUACAACCUGUCUGGGAAUGUCAGUCGCAUUGAGUACUACCAUGGUCAGGUUAUAACCCUACAGCACGGAUUUGAAGAUCCCGCUGGAAUAAGUUACAAGAUUUCUCCAGAGACCACAGAAACUGAGAUAAACGUUAUCAAGUGUUUCCAAGUGAAUGGCACCAUUGAUGAUCCCAUCCUUCCCCAGUCUGUCUUUCCGAAUCUGGAAAAUUUUAAGUUUCUAAAGGAAGAGGAUUACAACGGUCAACACUGCACGGUGUGGCAAAAUAUUACCUAUGUGCACAAAAAGAAGAACAGGUACACCAUAUGGAUCACCAAUUCCACCCUGGGCCCCAUUCCAGUGCACUAUGUAAUGAAGGGGUACAACACCCUGCUUGGCACACAUUACGACAAGUAUGAAGUUGAUUAUCACUCUGUCCACUUUGAAGUGGAUCCAAGUGUCUUCAAGCUGCCUGAAGGUUUGUCUUGUGAGGGGUUCUCUGGUCCUGGAGUGGAACACAGAAUCCUGGCCAAUCCCAUUGAAGAUUUGGUUAACACGGAUAAGGAAGACCGGGCUCAUCGGUUCUUCCAGCAUUACAAAGAGAAGUUUGGGAAGGAGUACGAGGAGGGUGACGUGGAGCACGAGUUUAGAAGGACUACCUUCACUCAUAACAUGAGGUACAUCCAUUCAAAGAAUCGGGCAAACAUGUCGUAUAAAAUGGAAGUUAACCAUCUUGCUGACCGAACUGAGGAGGAGACAGCAGCCAUGAGAGGAAGGCUUAAGGGAUCCUUGCUCAACAAUGGGCAGCCUUUUCCUACAGAGCGUUACAUGUCCGUGGUUCUUCCUACCAGUCUGGACUGGAGGUUAUAUGGAGCAGUGACACCUGUGAAAGACCAAGCCAUGUGUGGUUCCUGCUGGAGCUUUGGAGCAACUGGUGUGUUGGAAGGUGCCCUCUUUCUUAAGACAGGAAAUUUAAUCCCUCUCUCACAGCAAAUGUUGAUCGACUGCACCUGGGGCUUUGGAAACCAUGCCUGUGAUGGAGGCUUGGAGUGGAAAACAUUCGAAUGGAUCAUGAAACACGGUGGAAUUGCUGAUGCAGAAUCUUAUGGUCCAUACAUUGGGCAGAAUGGAUUCUGCCACUAUAACCAGUCCAUACUGAUAGCAAAGGUGAAGAGCUAUACAAAUGUUACUUCAGGAGAUAGUGAAGCUUUAAAAAUGGCCAUCUUUAAAAAUGGCCCAGUGGCUGUUGGAAUUGAUGCGUCACACAAGUCCUUCCGAUUUUACAGCAAUGGGGUUUAUUAUGAACCACAAUGUAGAAACAAGCUGGAAGAUUUGGAUCAUGCUGUGCUUGCCAUUGGCUAUGGAACAAUUAAUGGUCAGCCAUAUUGGCUCAUUAAAAACUCUUGGUCAACAUACUGGGGUAAUAAUGGAUUUAUACUGAUGGCUAUGCAAGACAACAACUGUGGAGUUACUACAGACGCAACAUAUGUCACCUUGGAGUGA